GCGCUAGCGGCGGCAAGGGCGUCGCGGGUCAGCCUCCGCUUCCGACUGGGCCCGUGCCGAACCUCAGCCUGGCCGAGGCGAAGCAGCUCUCAGAGCUUUCGCAGAAGGCGGGGGACCUGGUCACGUUCAAGCGCUACUCAGACCUCGUCAAGCACCUGGAGAAUGCACAGAAGCCACCGCCUGCUGUUUCUCCUCAGGCGAAGUUGCAGCAAGCCGACAGUGCCGUCAAGAAGCUGGAGAAGAAGCUCGAGGCCGACCUCGCGCGGAUGCUCAGGCUACAGAACGAUCUGGAGGAAGCUACAACCAAGAUGCAUGAGACCAAGUCCGCCCUGGCCAAGGCGGACCAGGACUACAAGAAUGCCUUGGCGGAAUGCAACGAGAGCGCCAAGAUCGGGUCGCCCAGCAACGCGUCGAAGGCGCAGUUCACACCUGUUCCGCUGGGCGACCUGGUUGAAGGCAAAGUCGAUAUCAAUUCUUUCUUUUCGUGUGACCUAUUGGACGAGCUCAGUUUGGAGUACGAAGUCACGGAGACCGACCGCAUGGAGUUCGAGAAGCGGAAAGAGUCUUUGCGAGACGGAGUGCAGAAGCUGGCAUCGGACCUUUUCAAGCAAGUCGUCAACGAGCCUGCUGGGCAAGAGCCAGAUGGGCGGGACGUGCGUGAGCGGGCCGCCGAGGCACUGGCAGCGUCGGUCUCGCCGCAGGCGGCUACUGCAGCUGCCGCGGCAGGCAUCGCCCAGGCUCCCCCCACCCUCACCUCCCCGUUCCCUGUUGGAUCUGCCACGGGCUCAGGAUCAGGUGGUUUUGAAGUUUUUGAAGGUGGAGUUUCGGUUGUGUCGGCCAAUCUCAAUUCUUGGGGCACUCUCAAGUCGUACCUGGAGUCGUCGGACGCGUCUGUCAUCCUGGGCCAGGAGCAUCGCCUGUUGGAUCCUGACGCCAUUGCGCAAGCCUCUUCGUCUGCUUUGAAGCUCGGCUGGAAGUCGACGUGGUGCCCAGGCAUCCCUGGUGAAGGUGGAGGGGUCAGCUCGGGCACUGCUAUUUUUGCGCGGGACGGCUUCGGCAUGUUCGCUGCGUCUACCACAGUGGUGGUGCCUGGCAGAGCAGUCGCAGCCAUGGUCCAUGCACCUGGUUGCGAAGCUAUCUGUAUGGUCUCUAUUUACCUUAUUCACUCUGAAGGUCUCUCGGAGGGCAACCUCAAAAUCCUGUCUACGGUGGGGGAAUUCUUGGCGAGUCUGACUUGUGAGUUUGUUUUGGGGGGCGACUGGAACUUGACCCCUGACACCCUGGAGGAUUCGGAGUUCGACCUCCUGCUCUCGAGCCAGAUCGUUUUUCCCUCCAGUCGAACGUGCUUUCCCAGCAAGGGCAAGGCGUCCGUUUUUGAUUUCUUCCUGGUCUCGCGGGCUCUGGCCAAAGGAACCAAGUCGAUCCAGGUGGACACCCUUGCUGGCCUGCAGGGCGGGCACGAGACGCUCACGGUAAGCCGAUUUAUUGGUUGCACGCCCAACUGCACGCGCUGGUCUGCUACAGUCAGGCAAGCGUGGCCUUAG